GUAUUUGACAGUUCAUCUUUGACACAGUGUUGUCGUAAAUUUUCCUCCGGGACGACUUUGUUGCGUUUUUCAUCCCAUUUUAGGGCAUUUUCUUAGCAUGUUUUAGGCAUUUAGGCCUUCCCUUGCAACAAAACUCUCCAACAUAGUGCAGUGCGCGAUAUUUCGAGUAGAAAAACGUGCCGAGGGUAGAGUGUAAGCGAAACAAUGUCCUCCUUUACGGAGUCUGCUUUGGUGAAGAAGCUCACGGACCUCAAUCCCAGUCAGCAGAGCAUCCAGACGCUGAGUCUGUGGCUCAUCCAUCACAGGAAGCAUCAUGUCAGUAUCGUGAAGACAUGGCUGAAGGAACUACAGAAAAUUUCGUCACACAAAAAGCUGACAUUUAUGUACUUGGCCAACGAUGUGAUCCAGAACAGCAAGAAGAAGGGCCCGGAAUAUGGGUCAGAGUUCUCAAAAGCCCUGGAGCAGGCUUUUCGGCAUGUGGCUGAGACAUGCAGCAAGGAGGGCAAGACGAUCAGUAGCCUGGACAGGAUUCUCAAUAUCUGGCUGGAACGUGGGGUUUAUGGGGCAGAGAUGAUUCAAACGUGGCAGACAGCCCUGCAUUCGGCCCCAAAGCCACCCGAAGUGGAGGCAGCACCGAAGAAGAAGCGCCGCACUGAGGAGCAUCCACCAAAGUCAUCAUCGAAACGCCCCAAGAGCAGCUCCAGCAGUGCCGAGAAGCCCGAGAAGCCCAAGGAGCACGUUAAGAGUGAAACGGUGGAGGUUAAUGGAACCGUCGAGACGCACGUCACACUGAGCCCACACACACCCGUUGGGGAUCCUCCGGAGCCCGAGGAGCUCAUCAAGGCGCUCAUUGAGAUUGAAAAUUCCGCCUCCAGUGAUGCUGCUGUGCGCGAGAGAAUUGCCAAUCUGCCCGUUGAGCUGACGGAAGUGUCCACGCUGAGUAAGAUUGAGGACAAGGAAGCGGCUCACAAACUCUCCCGCGAGGUGAAUGAUGCUCUAAAUUUAUUAAAUGAAUACAAUGCACGCCUCUGCACGGAAAUGGAGGAACGCAAAAAGCUGCAGAACAUGCUAAAGGACUUCCAGCAGGAACAGCGUGAGCUCAUGGCACAGGCUGAGAGCCGAUUAGAGGAAUAUACGAAGAAGGUGACAAAGAUGAGGGAAGUUCAGAGAGAAAUUAGGAAUCAUUUGAAAAAUUUACCGGAUCUCACUGCGCUGCCUGACGUAACUGGCGGCCUGGCGCCCCUUCCGUCCGCCGGGGACCUCUUCAACAUCCACUAAGGGUCAGCUGGGAAGACUGAAGGAGCUGUUAAAGAUUUUUUUUUCAUACAGCACGACCACGUGGGAAGAACAAAAGGACUUACGCUUUUUCACAUUGAUCAAAAACAAAAUAAAAAAUUAAUCAUUUUUGUGGUUUAAUGCAAAACAUUUGAAAUUAAUUACAGAGAAUCUAUGUUAAAAUCAGAAGAACACCGUGUGUUAUCACUGUGAGAUUUUUUUUUGAAUAUUCUGACGAAGAAAAAUAUUAUAAAGAACAAAUAUUCUGACCAAUCAAGUGGAUAAAAACGAAGGAAAAAGUGAAUAAACGGAAAUAAAGUUUCAAAUAAUUUGUUCAGUUUUAUUGCUGUAAAAGUGAAGUGGGAACACUUCGGGAAAUUGUAAGAAAUUUAGAAAAAAAAAUAAAUUAGUAUAUACAUGGAA